CCGUUUGGGCGGCUCGUGAGAUGGUAAAACCUGGGACUAAAACGUUAAACGAAAACUCGUUCCUUGGCAUUCGCAGCCGUCGUAUACGGAUUGCGUUUGUACUGCGUGUGCUAUUUGUGCUGUGUUUAGGUUCGUUGCAUGUGUUAAACUUUGCGCUCAAUCCGACCGGUAGCAAGGCGACCAGUAAUGGCUUCCGAGCAGUUGCAAUCGGUGAUUCUUAUGGAUCGCGCAAACUGCUAGCAAUUCCUCAGAGUGAAGUGGAACUGUUGGAUCUGCUGAACGGAACACUUCCACCAGAGCUCGGUACGAACGUUCCACCAGUGGACGGGGUAACAAACGUUACCGACCCACCAGAUGAAACGGAGCGCAACUGUACGCCGGCCGCCAUCUUUGAAUUUCCAUCCGAUGGAUUUACGCGCGAGGAUCGACGACACGGUUGGAUAUUGGUGCACGUGGUUAUUGCUUGCUACUGCUUCUGGCUGCUUGCCAUUGUGUGCGAUGACUACUUUGUUCCUGCGAUCGAGUUAAUGUGUAAAAAGCUACAGGUAAAGGAAGAUGUGGCGGGUGCAACGUUUAUGGCAGCGGCUUCCUCUAGCCCAGAGUUAUUUAUCAAUUGCGUAGGUACGUUUGUCACCAAGGGUGAUCUUGGUGUGGGUGCCGUCGUCGGAUCGGCAGUGUUUAAUAUUUUAGCAGUACCAGCGGUUUGCGGACUCUUGGGUGGACAGGUCGUGCAGCUACGAUGGUGGCCCGUGACACGAGAUUCCAUGAUGUAUGGAAUGGCAGUGAUAGGUUUAAUUGCGGUCCUCUACGAUGACCGGGUAAUGUGGUACGAGGCUACAGUACUAGUGUCGGCUUAUGUGCUAUACAUUACAGCAAUGUACUGCAAUGAUACGAUCAAUCGCUUUAUGUCGAAAACCUUCCGCCGUAAAUCAUACAUUCGUCCAUACACCGAGGUAACGGAAAUUUCCCCACUCCUUUCCAAUGGAGCGAACGGCAAGUCAACACCUGCUGCCGGUACCAAGAACGGUACCAACGGCCAACACGCCUGCGACAGUGAUGCUAGCGACGAUAGCUUCGAGGAGUACGUUCGCCUGUUACUUUCGAUGUUUUCGCGCCCUCCAGAGCUGGCCACCUCACCCUGGAACCAUCGAGACGAUAGCCUUAUAGCGUUUGUGUGUCGCUGGCCGAUCACCUUCAUCCUUUGGGCAACGAUCCCGGACUGUCGGCGGUAUCCCCGGUUACGGUUGGUAACGUUCUUCGCAUGCAUCUUCUGGAUUGGCAUUACGUCCUAUUUUGUCGCAUUUCUCAUCACCGUCGUUGGUGAUACGAUCGACAUACCGGACUCGGUUAUGGGGCUAACGUUUUUGGCAGCGGGAACCAGCGUGCCGGAAGCCGUUUCCAGCAUUAUCGUGACGAACCAGGGUCAUGGUGAGAUGGGCAUCAGCAAUUCGAUAGGAUCGAACACGUUUGACAUUCUGCUAUGUCUGGGGUUGCCAUGGCUAAUUAAAUCACUUGCUUUCCCGGCUGUGCCUGGUGAACGGUGGGUUUCUCUUAACUCUUCCGGACUUACCUACUCCGCCAUCUCACUACUGUCGACACUGUGCGGGCUGUACACGGCGUUUUGGUGCAAUCGCUUCAAACUUGAUUGGAAAGUGGGUCUGACCUGCCUUUCGAUGUACAUCGGCUUUCUCACGGUAUCGAGCCUGAUUGAGCUGAAUGUGUUCUUCCCAGUGAAUGUUCCCACUUGUCCCCACUGAUAUUUGCUGUAGGCAAUGCUACGA